UUUACGUUCCCUUUCUCCUUUAUCAACAGCACGCACAUAGCAACUGAGGUACUUCCUUAAUGCUCCUGUAGAUCUAGUCAUGGCAGUUGGGUCAUGAAGGCGCUUGGCUGUUAUAAAAAUGCUCCCCAUCGUCUACGUGAAGGAUAAAGAGUGCCAGGUAUUACAUCUAGAUGCAACAAUAAAAGGAUCUACCUGCCAUGACAAUCAAUACUGCAAUAGUGGCAUUCGUGUUGACGCUUACAGGUGCUGCAGGGUUUUACUGUCCGCCAAGAUGCCACUGCAAAUCAUCUCUUCGUCAGGUGGAAUGCCAUAAUUUGAAUUCGACGCAAGUUCCACAUUGUGAUAAUACGACGUUAAUUUUGGUUCUGAACGACGUUUGGAUAUCUUCUUUGCGAAACGAUUCCUUUGCAGGACUGUCGGAACUGGAAAAUUUGACGCUGAGUAGUAACACACUGUCACAUGUUGAAAAAGGGGCAUUCGAGCCUUUGGAGAAUAUUCUCUCUAUAGAUCUGAAAGGGAAACUGCUGUCUCUAGAUAAUCUGGAGUCGGCUUUUUGCCAUGUAUCUAAAACAAUACAGCGACUCUGCCUGAAUAGAUACAAAGGAACAAAGACUACCGAAUUCCAAACUCCGAGAAGUUCCCUCUUCCUUUGCCUUAAUGGCAGCGAUAUCACAGAAUUGGACCUUAGCUAUAACAGUUUACACACGCUUCCUGUCUCCUUUUUUUCAGGAUUGACAAAAUUGCAAAAUCUGAUUUUACGUGAUAAUCAUAUUGCCUUUAGGAAGGAAACAUUUGUUGGCUUGAAUAAUCUACGGUUGCUAGAUUUACGAAACAAUCACUUGAGUCAAAUCCCAAACUUUGGAAAUGUGACGCAUCCGUUUUGUCCCAAUUUGCUUGAAUUACAUCUUGCCUAUAAUGACAUCAGCUCUCUCAACUCUGCUGAUUUCAUUUCCCUUAAAUACUUAAAAAGGCUGGAUAUUGGUUGGAAUCUAUUAACAAAAUUCCCAAAUAAUAUGUUUGGAUACAUGCCUGAAUUACAAUUCGCCUUUUUACAGCAUCAACGAAACUUGAAAGAAAUUCAGGAUCUGGCAUUUGCAAGUGCUUCUCUUUUUCAUCUCGAUAUCAGUAUCAACAACUUUCAAUUCAAUGAUGCAAAUUCGGACGUUUUUUCUCAUGCCCCACAUUUGCAAGAGCUGUACAUGUCCGACAACCAUCUAGAUAAGUUCGACGAUUCCGCACUGGAAAAGUUAUUUAGAAACCUUACAAAACUGAGAAAACUCAUCAUUAGCCAGACACGAUUGACUCAUCUUCCACCCAAAUUGUUUGAGACCAAACCGUUCCUCCGUGAGCUACAACUUGGGUCAAACCAGUUGUCGUCGUUGGAUCCAGUCGUUUUUCAAUCUCUGUUUUCAUUGCAAAUGCUAUAUUUGGAAAAUAACCUAAUUCGUACCAUAUACGAGUCAUCGUUGCCACCGUUCGUUUGGAAAAACCUUACAAAAAUUAGCCUUGCAGAAAAUCUUUUUUCUUGCACGUGCGAUAAUUUUUGGUUCCGUACUUGGAUGGACACAACCCAAACAACGAUUGUGGCCCUUCAUCAACGUAACUCAUACCGUUGUUAUGAGCCAAAGGAAUUAGCUAAAUCUCCGUUUCUAGAUUGGCAUCCAACCAAAGCCCAGUGCACGCCGCUGCCAGCAUGGGUCAUAGCCAGCGCCACCGGAGUCUCUGCAAUGUUAUUUCUGGCACUCGUGAUAGUGGUGUCCCACCGUUAUCGAUGGUACAUACGCUACUGGUGCUUUACACUGCGUUCACGUUACAAACGCCUCGAACCGUUUGAAAAUAACGGUACCUUCGUAUUCGACGCAUUUGUGUCCUACAACUCCUACGAUCGCCAUUGGGUUAUACAAAGACUUCUCCCGAAAUUGGAACAUGACGCUGGUUUCAAACUUUGUCUUCACGACAGAGAUUUCAUCGUAGGCCAUGACAUCUUGGAUAACAUCGUGGACGCUUUAGAGGUCAGUAGAAAGACGAUUCUCGUGUUGUCCAACAACUUUGCUCAGAGUCAAUGGUGCCAAUUGGAAAUGACGAUGGCUCAUCACAAGCUAUUUGAUGAGAACAAGGAUAUCCUGGUCUUGAUAUUGCUCGAGGACAUUAAACCUGAGAACCUCAGCAACAGACUGACCCUGUUGCUAAGGAAGCAGACCUACAUAGAGUGGCCUCGCGAGGAAGAAGGUCAAGACCUCUUCUGGGAAAGAGUGAAGGCAGCUCUCCAAA